UUCCGAACUGUAAGUCACCUAGGUCUGGUUUUCAGUGACAAAUUUGUUUUUUUAUCGUUUUUAACACAAGUUCUUCCACCUAAUUUAUGUGGAUUUUGAAAUGUGAUUAUGGAAUAGAGUCGAGGCGACCAAUUUGAGGAAGAAUAAUUAAGACGUAAAUCAAACUUCGGUUUGGAUUUUGUGUAUUUUGUGAUGAUCCUUUGACGUAAUUUGUUAUAAACAAUGACUUCCGAGGAAGAUAUUUGUUGGUACCAUGGCAAAAUAUCGAGGGAACAAGCCGAAGCAAUUUUACGUCAAGGUUCGGGAGCGGACGGAUCAUUUUUAGUUAGGGACAGUUUCACGUCUAUUGGAGAUUAUGCUUUGUCUGUUCUACAGAAUAAUAAAGUGAAUCACUUUCAAAUAAGGGCACAUUCUGAUGAUGCGUUUUUUUCACUUGAGGACAACGUUAAAAUACACGGAUUGGAUAGCCUGAUCGAGUAUUACCAGGAUCCGACACAUGGCCAAGCAAUACCUCUAUUUCUUACAGAGCCCUGUAAGGGUGAUGUGCCACCGCAUGAAACUCGUCGACAUGGCCGUACUAACCUGCUUCAUCGUGCGACAAGUUACGGUGGAAAUAAGGUGGUAUCCGCCUUGUUGAAGUCGGACUAUAAAUUCGAUGCGAAAAAUUCGCUGGGUCAAACUGCCGUUCACAUCGCGAGUAUGUUGGGAAAAGAUGACAUUCUGCGCGAUUUAAUCGAUAAGGGUCUUAAUGUGAACUCUCGAGAUAUGGCAGGUUUUGCACCUUUGCAUUAUGCGGCUCGGAAUAAUUUUCCUAGUACAGUACGACUUUUAAUUCAAAUUGGACAUGCGAAUAUUCAACUGCGAAGUACCGAGGAUGAGCACGUUCCCUUGCACGAAGCCGCAAGUGGAGGUCAUAAAGAUGUGAUUAAGGAACUUUUAAGUCUCAAUGCGCCUGUUAAUCCGAGAUCUAAAAACAAUCUUCUACCUUACGAUCUUGCCAAUACCAAUAACCAUACUGAAUGUGCAGACAUUUUAGAAAAAUACCAGCCACCUGAACCGAAGACAUCUAAGAAGCAGUGGUAUCACGGUACAUUGGAUAGGAAAGAAGCCGAAAAUUUAAUCCGUCGGUAUAGUAACAAAAAUGGAACAUUUUUAGUGAGGUUUACUGAUCGUAAUUCCACAAACGUUUUAACGUUACUAAACGAUGAUUCAGUCUAUAAUUACAUUAUAGGCGUUCAGGGUAAACACUUGUUCAUCGACAAUGGACCGUUAUUAAAUUCGUUGGAGCAUAUAAUAGAGUAUUAUAGUUUUAUUUCGGAUGGUUUACCGACGGUUUUAAAAUACCCAGUACCGCCGCAGCCAAAACCGCCUGUACCUGAAUUCAAAAUGUUGCCAAGACAGCAAAAAAUGUUAGUCGCUUCCCGAUCCAUUCAAGAAAUGAUGAAUUGGCCCGAGCCCCAUUCCAACAGUCUCGGUAGCAUAUCGAACCAAUUGUGUAACAUAUCUUUCUCGUCUACCAUAGUGCCUGCUACUAAUAUUAGUAAUAAUAAUAAUUAUCUGCCCGGGAAGGACGAAAAUGGUAUUAUCAAAGAGGGGCUGAUUCUUCCCGAAAAUUUAAAGUUAAAACAAAGAAUCGGUGCUGGCGAAUUUGGCGCUGUUUUUCGAGGAGUGUACAUGAAAAAUAACGAAAACAUAGACGUUGCCGUGAAAACAUACAGAAAUGAGCAGAUUGACAUUGACGAAAGUGCCUUUAUUCGCGAAGCUCAAAUAAUGAUGAAACUAAACCAUCACUGCAUCGUUCAAUUAAUAGGUCUACAAGUGGGAAAUUCAUACUUAAUGGUACAGGAAUUGGUGCCGUUGGGCUCAAUGCUUACGUAUAUAAUAACACAUAAGGAUAGAAUAAAUCCUAAUUACGAGUUUAAAAUAUGGGCUGCUCAAAUUGCUUGUGGUAUGAAGUAUUUAGAAGAACAACGAUUUGUCCAUCGAGAUUUGGCUGCUCGCAACAUUCUUCUGUCGUCGAGGCAUCAAGCCAAGAUCAGUGAUUUUGGAUUAUCUCGAUCUAUUGGCACAGAACGAGACUACUACAGGGCAAUGCAAGGAGGUAAAUGGCCAUUGAGAUGGUACGCGCCGGAAUCGUAUAAUUUCGGCACUUUCUCACAUGCUAGCGAUGUUUGGAGUUUCGGUGUAACAUUGUGGGAAAUGUACUCCUUUGGAAUGCAGCCUUAUGGUGAUAAGAAAGCAAAUGAGGUGAUAGAGUCAAUAGAGAAUGGAGAAAGGUUAUAUAAGCCGAUGGGUUGCCCUGUUCGGGUGUACAGUAUGAUGUUACGGUGCUGGGAGUACGAUGCUGAUAGAAGACCGUCGUUUAGUGAAUUGUUGGAAGUAUUCUCAUCUAAUAAUGAUUACAUUAACAUAAGAGAAUUGAUAGCUCAAACAAAUCUUAGUUAAUGGACAAAUUAGCAUCAUCUUAUUAUUAUUUUACAUUGGAACUUCCUCAUUCCAUUUUAUAUAUUGUAUUAUUUUUGAAAUAAAUUUUUAUUGGUUUUA